CUUUCCUCUUGCAUAAACAAAGCACACAUUUUGCAUCCUCCUGUCUCUUUCUUUCAACUCAUUGUUUAUAUUACAUCUCAUUCCCAGCAACUUGUUCAUUCAUUCAUUCAAUCUUCAUUCACCCAUAACUCAAUUCGAUAAUAUCCCAUAUCCAUAUUCCAUAUCCAUACAUAUUAUUGCUCAACAUCCUUCAUCCUCCUAUCCCAAGAAAAGAAAGAGGCAAAGAGAAACCCACUAUGAGUCUCCAGAUCUACGACUUUGUGUCGUUCUUCUUCACACUCAUUCUUGAUAUCUUCUUCAGAGAAAUUCGUCCGCGAGGGGCGCAUAAAGUACCUCGUCAGGGCCCUGUUAUUUUUGUCGCCGCUCCUCAUGCCAACCAGUUUGUCGAUCCCGUUAUACUAAUGCGCGAAUGUGGUCGUCGAGUAUCGUUUUUGGCCGCCAAAAAAUCAAUGGACCGCCGUUGGAUCGGAGCUAUGGCUCGCGCUAUGAAUGCAAUUCCGGUUGAGCGCCCACAGGACUUAGCAAAGGCUGGUUCUGGAACUAUCAAGCUACUGGAUCGUUAUGGCGAUCCUCUUCGCAUCACAGGGGUUGGAACCAAGUUUACAAAGGAGCUCAUGGUGGGAGAUCAGAUCACUCUGCCCAAGGAUGUGGGGACUUCUGCAGUCGUUGAGAUCAUUUCAGACACAGAGCUGAUCAUUAAGAAGGAAUUUAAAGAACUCAAAGCCCUUGAGCUGUUGACCAGUGCAGAGGGCGCCAAAUACAAGUGCCUGCCUCAUAUGGACCAGUCUAAUGUGUACAAAACUGUUUUUGAACGUCUCAAUGCUGGUCAUUGUGUCGGUAUCUUUCCUGAAGGAGGCUCGCAUGACCGUGCCGAAAUGCUACCCCUUAAAGCUGGUGUUACGAUCAUGGCUCUGGGUGCUUUAGCUGCUAAUCCGUCCUUGGAUCUCAAAAUUGUUUGCUGUGGCUUGAACUACUUUCAUCCUCAUCGCUUCCGCUCUCGUGCUGUCGUUGAGUUUAGUGAUCCAUUGACAGUACCUCCAGAGUUGGUUGAAAAAUAUAGAAAGGGUGGUGCUGAUAAGCGUGAAGCCUGUGGAAAACUCCUUGAUACGAUUUAUGAUACCCUGAAGAAUGUUACCCUCAAUGCCCCAGAUUAUGAAACUUUAAUGGUUAUUCAAGCUGCUCGCCGCCUGUACAAACCAACACAUCGGAAGCUACAGAUCUCUCAGGUUGUGGAGCUUAAUCGCCGCUUUGUUGCUGGAUACUUGCAUUUUAAAGACAAUCCUAAGGUCAUUGAAACCAAGGACAAGGUCAUGCAUUACAACACACAGCUCCGUUACCAUGGACUUCGCGAUCAUCAAGUCAACAUCUAUACUACCAGAAGACAUGCUAUCGAACUCUUAAUCUCUCGUAUCGCUCAAAUGGUCUUUUUGAGUAUUCUGGCGCUUCCAGGAGCCCUCAUGAACCUUCCUGUUGCUAUCGUCGCACGCAUCAUCAGUAAUAAAAAAGCAAAAGAGGCAUUGGCGGCAUCUACAGUCAAGAUUGCAGGAAGAGAUGUACUGGCAACGUGGAAAUUAUUGGUCGCAUUGGGAUUGAUGCCUGUGCUUUAUUUCUCAUACUCUGUCAUCGUCUUUAUUUUCUGUGGACGGUACAAUAUUUCAUUGACAACUCGACUUUUAAUUGCUUGGGCAGCCUGGGCAUGUAUUCCAUUUGUGACAUAUGCCAGCAUUCGCUUCGGCGAGGUUGGUAUUGAUAUCUUCAAAUCUAUACGACCUUUGUUUCUGUCCAUCAUUCCAGGCGAAGAAAACACAAUCAAUGAGCUCCGCAAGUCUCGCGCAGAGUUGCAAAAGACUAUCAACCAACUCAUUAAUGAACUUGCACCAGAAAUUUACCCUGACUUUGAUUCCAAGCGCAUCUUGGACCCUUCGCCUAACGAUCGUCCAAGCCGUGCAGCCUCUCGGUCGGCUUCAGGCACCAAUUUGGCUCAAACUAUCUUCAACACUAUGAACACAGCUGCACAACCGAUUAAUCAAUGGUUGGGUAUUGAUGGUCGCUUUGAAUGGGAGCGUGCCGAUGAUUCAGACGCCGAUGAUGUGUUCUUCUUCCUAAACCCCGCAGGGGCAAUCCAAGGUCGGUCAAGGACAUCUUCCUGGGGCGCAUGGACACCCUCUGUGGAUGGCUCUCGAUCCAGAAGCCGAAGCAGGACUAGCUCUUUCGCAUCAGGGCCUCAAUUGGGUGAAGGGUUCAAGUUGGAAGCAUUGACCGAAUUGCCCAAGGACAAGCCCUUUGCAGAGGUUACACGACGUCUGAGUCUUAACAGAAAGCAGAAGCAUGGGCUAAGUGAUAUGACUAAAGCUGGUAAUGAAGUUCGUGAGGUCGAAAACGGAGGUGGAUUCAUGCACGAGGGACAUUUUGUCAGUACACCACCUAUUACUGUUCAGAACAUGGAUGAUCCCAUGGAAGUAGCCGAGCCAAAUGAAGCAUAGCAUGAACAGAUGUUACGGUAGCGCAAUUUUGAAAAAAAUAAAAGUCAUAGUUUUUAC